UCCCGGGAAGCGCUGCUGCCUCCAGCUUCUUGCCCUCUGGGCGCACGCUGCGGCUGUGCAGUCUUGGCUAUUCCACAGGGAGAAGGGGGCACCGCUAAGCCCCGUGUGCCCCACUCCGCCCCGCUCCCGGUGCGUUUGUUGUGUGCCCAGGGCCAUGGAGCGCACGUUCACGCCGCUGGAUUGCCUCCUGCCCGCCGGAAACCUGAAGUUUUGCCUUCUGAUUCUGAACCAGCCUUUCAACAAAGGUCAUUUUCAUUGUCUGUGGAGCAAAGCUGCACUGAGAGCUUGUGCCGAUGGAGGUGCCAAUCGUCUCUAUGACAUCACAGAAGGAAGCCAGGACAGCUUUUUGCCUGAUUACAUCAGUGGUGAUUUUGAUUCCAUUCAGCCUGAAGUCAAGGAGUACUACAGGGUCAAGGGAUGUGAGUUGAUUGAGACCAUGGAUCAGGACCUCACAGAUUUCACCAAGUGCCUUCAGAUACUCCAGAAGAAGAUAGAGAAGAAUGGCCUGCAGAUUGAUGUGAUUGUGACUUUGGGUGGACUUGGAGGACGCUUUGACCAAAUAAUGGCAUCAGUGGAAACACUUUUUCAUGCAACAAAUAUUACCCCUUUUCCAGUGAUAGUUAUUCAGGAGGGCUCGCUGAUCUACCUGCUUCAACCUGGCAAGCACAAACUGCACGUGGACACAGGACUGGAAGGCAAGUGGUGUGGCCUCAUCCCCGUUGGGAACUCCUGUGAGAAUGUGACCACGACAGGCCUCAAGUGGAACCUCACUAACCAGGUGCUGAAGUUUGGAACACUGGUCAGUACUUCCAACACCUAUGACAACUCCGGAAUCGUGACCAUUGAGACUGACAAGCCUCUGCUGUGGACUAUGGCUGUCAAAACAUAAGAUCAGCUACAGCUGUCUUUCCUGAUGGGAAUCAACUCCAAUCACUGCAAGAUUUCACUAAAGCUGUUCUGAAGAUACAAGCAGGCACCAUUUUUAUGUACUGAGCGGCAAGCAAGUCUGAAAUAAAAGUCUCCUGAGACCAAAUCGAGUACCAAAAAUUGAGUACUUCAUGCUGGUACCUCACACUGUUUAAUCAGAUACAUGAGCUGCCACCCAACACAGUCAUAAAAGGGAACAUGAAGAAACUGCUUCUGCCUGUUUGAUUAGUUCAGACUAUGUUUACUAAGUAUUUUAUUCCAAUACUGAACUGUAUUUCCUCUUUUGCCAACAGGAAGUGCACCCUAAACUAUAAUUAAAAGGUGACAGCACUUGAGUAGAUUCAUAGAAUGGUUUGGUUUGGAAGGGACCUUGA